AUCAUCUACAUUAUUAGUUCACCUUAAUGCAUGUGGCCUUUUCUAUGAUUUUGUACCCAUAGUGUAUGAGUUACUAGAAGACAGGAGUAUUGCUGGUUUAACUUCUUUAUAUAGUGUUGAUGGUAGUGCCAGCCUGCUUUCCUAUGAAUCUUGAAUGUUAACACCGACUUUAUUUUUCCAGUCCUUGGUUUCUAUUACUUGAUUGUCCAACUGUAAAUUAUGUGAUGGGAUUUCAGUGCUGUCUGCCUCAGCUGCCUCUCAGAACCAGCCAAUGACACAUGUAGGCUGGCUUGGGAAAGGUGUUACUCAGUCAUUGUUCCAACUGUAAAAUAAAUCCACAGCCACAUUUUGCUUCAAUUUCCUGAUCUCUGAAAAUUACAAGCAAUCUCCAUAGUGACUGCUUCCUGCUCUGUCUUAUCUACUUUAUAGGUUUAUUAUGAAAAUUUCAAUAGAAGUGUUUAUAUCAUUUAUACAGAAGUGUUUUGAUAACUGAAAAUUAAGUGUAUGAAUGUAAAAUGGUAACGGUACUCUAUGGUCUUACUUCCCUUGCUAAGUUUUUGGGUCCAUCCAUUGGCUUAUAGCCAAGGUUGUUUCAUUCUCAUCUUUUUUUCUAGUUCAGCCCUCCCCUAUACCAUUCUUAUUGUUAUCCAAACAGCCGCCUUUUACUCCUUAAACCAGGAUCCACCCUUCCCCUCUUUCAAAGUGCAGUUCAGAGCCACCUCCUGUGGAAAAACUUCCCAGUCUUGCAGAAGGAAAUGAUAAACUUCCAGAUAGACCAUUACACCACUCCCUCAGGUUUCCCUGGUCAGCAUGUAUUUAAGUGUCUAGCCUGGCACAAGAGUAAUGGACACUUCUGUAAAAGCUUCACCAUUUUUAUAGCACUUUCACUUACGUUAUCAUUUUUAAAAUGUUUUUAUAAAUGUGAUAUAUUCAGCUUUUUUGUCAAUGAAGUUAAAGAUAAAUGACUUCCCCAGGGUAAGUACAGGCAAAGAUAGUACAGGGUAAGAUAGUUCAGGUUCAGUUUCAGACCACCAUAAUAAAAGAAAUAUCACAAUAAAGAAUCACAUGAAUUUUUUAGUCUCCCAGUACAUGUAACAUUACGUUUACACUACAUUAUGGUCUAUUAAGUGUGACUAGCAUUUGUUGUUAUUUUUCAGUCAUGUCUGACUCUUUGCAACUCCAUGAACUACAGCACUCCAGGCUUCUCUGUCCAUCACUCUCUGCCUAUCAUUAUGUCUUUAAAAAAAAAAGUUUAACUGAAAAAGUGCUAAAAAAUGUCAAAACAAUUACAAGAGUAACAUCAAAGAUCACUGAUCACAGUUCACCUUAACAGUAAUGCCAAAGCCUGAACUAUCUCAAGAAUUACCAAAAUAUGACACAGAGGCACGAAGUGAAUAAAUGCUCUUUGAAAAAUCUGGCACUGAUAAGACGUUCUAUGCAACGUUGCUACAAACCUUCAAUUCGUAAAAAAUGCAGUACUUGCAAAGCACAAUAAAAGUAUGUCUGUAAAUGAUUUAAGAUAAAAAAAAAAAAAAGGGAGGAAGCCACAGGAUCUGGGUUUGCUACUUACUAGUACCUGCCUCACAAGGCUUUCCCAUGGAUAGUACACAAUGUGCGGUGGUAGCUUUAUAAAAUGGAAUCAGGGCUUAGCUCCAAUUCGGCUUCCUCAAGAAAGCCUUCUUUUACACUAUACUCCAGAUCAAGUUUUCAUGAUAUGCUUACAAGCAACACCUACUUCCCUUCCCAGUACUCAUCUCAGCUAUAAUAUUACUGUAAUGUGUAUGAUUACUGUCCUCUUUCUCUAGACUGGGAGCUGUAUCCGAAUAGGGACCUUUGCUUUGCUCUCCACACUGACUACAGUGCUCCUCACAUGUAAGCUCUUCAACUUUGAUAAAUGAGUGAGAACUGAAACCCUAAUUUUGAUUCACUGUAGAUUUCACUCCGGCUGAGGAAAACAUGUUACAGUGAUGCUAGAAGACAGAAUGAGGUCACGUGUAUGUUACUCAACUGAGAUAAAUUUCAAAGAACUAGUGACCGCGGCUAGGAGAUAGAAGGCUGUGGGGAGACAGUUCAGAACGGUUUCGUCUGAGAGGACGCGACUUCCACAAAGUUGUACCCAACACUAAGAACACAUACUCAGAACAACCGCUCUCCCCCAAAACACCCUGGAAGCAGUUUUCCCCUCUUUUCCGUACGAUGAGCCAAGAUGGCGGGGCCCGUGUUUAAAAACCAGAUUAAAGAUGGCGACUUCCUGCUUCCCGCGCAGCGUCGCGCGUGGCCAGCGAGGCCACGCCUACUUCCGGCUCCUGCGCCUCAGCAUGGCUGCUUUGGGUAUACUGCUCUCUACAGGUGUCCGGAGACUGCACUGCGGCGCCGCGGCUCGGGCAGGCAGCCAGUGGCGACUCCGGCAGGGCCUUGCUGCCAACCCCUCCGGCUACGGGCCCCUUACGGAGCUCCCAGACUGGUCGUACGCGGAGACGAGUUGUACUGCUGUCACAGGAAAUGGAUGCUGGAUUACAGGCAUGGCAGCUCAGACAGCAGGAGAAGUUGCAGGAAGAAAAAAGGAAGCAGCAGAAUGCUCUUAA